CAUGUCGUUUUCAUUUUAUCGCAAAACUAAUAUGGCGCCUCAGAUAUCGUAAUACAAGUUGAGUCCGGUUCUUUAAACGCUUUUAAACCAAAAAAAAAAGAGAGAAAUACGCUUUACUGAGUAAUUAGUACGAGGUUACACGAUCGCCAUGCCGGUUAUACCAGGUACACAACAGCAGAAAAUUUCUUGCUGGGAUAGGAUUACGAUGGGUUUCACUAUGGGUUUCUGUGUAGGUAUGACAUCUGGUGCAAUUCUAACAGGAUUUGCAGCAUUCAGAUAUGGAUUAAGAGGAAGAGAAUUGAUAGGUCAUCUUGGUAAAAGCAUGGUUCAGGGUGGUGGUACAUUUGGCGUAUUUAUGGCUAUUGGAAUGGGCAUAAGAUGCUAGUAUUUCAAAUACUAUAUAAACAAAGCACCUUUAAGUUACAUAAGAUUAUAAUACAAAGACAUAUUGUUGAUUUCUUAAUAAAAUACUUUUAAGGAAUAAAAGCAUACCUUCCCUUGCAAUUA